AUGAGGAAACGCUACAGAUCGCCUGCUUCGGCAGCUGGUCGUCCUCGCCAUGAUAAUACCCGCCCAUCACCUGAAUACCUGUACCCAGCAGGGGAGGCCCGAAAAUCCUCCACAACUGAGCUAACUCCGAAACGCCACGAAACAGCUCAAGAACUUGAUCCUUUCAUUCGAAACAAUCCGCGCCCCACUGACCCCUCGUGGCGUGGACCACCACCGCUGGAAGAGACACGACCUAAGGAACUUGCGAGUGGAGAGGACCGCCGACGCGGACAACGAUUGUUCGGUAACUUGAAAAGUGCCCCCUCACAGAAGCAGGCUAAUACUGCGCAAACGAGUCGUGAUAGCCGUCGUGAGCACAUUGACAGACGACAGCAGGCAAAACUGAAGGCGGACACCUUCUUUUGGAAUUCUGAUUACGCGAGGGAGAGACGAGCUGAGCGUCGCGAGAUGGAUACAGAUAAGGUGCAAGCAAUUCUUGAGAGGGAUGCUAUGAUGGAUCGGCAUGCGAAAAACCUGUCCGAUGCACGCUUUUUGAAGACCGUGACGAAGCCGGUUCUGCUUCUUCAGCUUUACAGACCCGCCAAACUUCGAGAUGGUCAUGCAGAGAUCAUUCGGGAGCAAAUCGAGUAUGCCGAGCGCACAAAUGCUAUUGAAUACGAAGAAUUCAUGAAGAAGUACCCGGCUCAUUUUUUCGAAGACGUGGAACUCGAGGCAGAUUUGAUGAACGAAGAUAUCGAGCCACCAGAAGAGAAGUCCAAGCCUGUUUCUGACCACGGUACCGCUUCAAUUCCAAAGACGGAACCAAAGGAUCCAUAA